CAGCUUCACGGCGGGGCGAUUGCACAGCCUGCUUCAUGUAGAUCCAUCACACCCAAGACUACACUACACUGGCCAGACGAAGAGCCACGGAACGUUGCACAGAGGCGCACACGCGCAGCGAUGGCAGGGCUCUCGUCGGUUUAUCUGAUGCAGGCUCCGAAUUCCACGGAGGCGCAACCGCGACGCACGGGAUUUUGAAAUCACGUCUAGUGUGAAAUUUGCUCCUUCAUACUAUUUUUUUUUUUUUUUGCGCCGAUGAAUCAUGUGUUGAUUCUAGUAUUUACGUUGAGGUCGUGCAGCUCGAAUCAUGCCUGCAGCUGAUUCUCCGAUGGACAGCAUUGUUGUUUGAAGUGGAGACCGCUUUGUCAAUGGGAUGUGGUUUUAUCGCUAGGGAAAUUGCUCUAAAUGUGCGAGUAGAAAUCUACGUUGUGCGUGAGUUGCAAUAACGUCGCGAAUUAACAGCGAUCAUUCAUCGCUUUUCAACUGGAAUUGCCUCUGUUGUUCUCCGCGUCAGCCCUCGGAAUCCGAGCAUCCUUUCGUCCGAGAGCACCCCAACAGCCUUUUGCACCCUGCAAAAACAUCGCAGUAGGCUAGUCUACGGAGGGAAUCUCGCAGAACUCACUUGGACUGGAACGAAGUCCACACACAUAGACGAUGCUUUGGAUGUAAACGUAAAUAAAUAAAUAACGCAAAGAUGGGGAAAGACCAGGAAUUGCUUCAAGCAGUGAAGACCGAGGACCUGCUUACGGUGCAAAAGAUCCUGCAGAGGCCCAAGCCCGGGAAAGCAAAGCUGCUGGGAUCUGCCAAGAGAGUGAACGUCAACUUCCAGGACACGGAUGGGUUCUCUCCGCUGCACCAUGCGGCACUCAAUGGGAACAUGGAGCUCAUCUCCAUCCUGCUGGACUCCCAGGCCGCGGUGGACAUCAGGGACCAGAAGGGGAUGCGGCCGCUGCACUAUGCCGCCUGGCAGGGCAAGUCUGAGCCAAUGAAAAUGCUGCUAAAGUCCGGCUCCUCCGUCAACGGCCAAUCAGACGAGGGUCAGAUCCCGCUGCACCUCGCCGCUCAACAUGGACACUACGACGUGUCGGAGAUGCUGCUGCAGCACCAGUCCAACCCGUGUAUAGUGGACAACGCCGGGAAGACGCCGCUGGACCUGGCCUGCGAGUUCGGCAGAGUCGGGGUGGUGCAGCUGUUGCUGAGUAGUAACAUGUGUGCUGCUCUGCUGGAGCCCAAGAAGGGCGACACCACAGACCCCAACGGCACCAGCCCCCUACACCUGGCGGCCAAGAACGGACACAUCGACAUCAUCAGACUGUUGAUCCAAGCCGGCAUUGACAUCAACAGGCAGACCAAAGCAGGCACGGCCCUCCAUGAGGCAGCGUUGUGCGGGAAGACAGAUGUUGUGCGCCUCCUUCUCGAUAGUGGCAUUAACGCCUCUGUGAGGAACACGUACAGCCAGACAGCACUGGACAUCGUUUACCAGUUCACAGCCACACAGGCCAGCCGGGAGAUCAAACAGAUGCUCAGAGAUGCCUCAGCAGCGCUACAGGUCAGAGCUGUGCAGGACUACUGUAACAACUAUGACCUGACCAGCCUCAACGUCAAAGCCGGAGAUGUCAUAACGGUGCUGGAACAACACCCUGACGGCCGGUGGAAGGGCUGUAUCCAUGACAACCGAACAGGAAAUGACAGAGUGGGCUAUUUCCCCUCCACGCUGGUGGAGGUGAUCAGCAAGAGAACAGGUCAAUGGAGUACAGUCAUUUGUACCCCACAGUAUCAAAAGAUACAGCUGUGUGCUCCCGCUCCCGCCCCCGCUGCCUCUGUGGCUGCCCCCGCCCCAGCAGCCGUGGUGAACGGCGAGUCCUGCCAUCAGUAUCAUGUCCUGCCGCCUCCACCUCCUCCGCCAAACCACCAUCAAUCCCAUCAGCCCCUUUUUACUUCCUUUGGCUAUAACAGGUCACAAAGCACCUCAGAAGAGACGCCCAGUGGACAAGGUUCUCGCGGCUCGGAGUCCAGCCCUCACGGCUCGCCCACUCCCAGCGGCGGCCAGCAGGGCGGCAGCAGUGAGGAGAUCUGGGUGCUGCGCAAGCCGGUGGCAGGUGGGGACCGCAGUAGUGUGGGCAGCUCGGGCAGUGUGGCCAGCGCUCGCUCCUCUGGUAGCGGACAGAGUGCCAGCAGCACCAGCAUCAUCCACGCCCAGGCAGAGGGGGUUAAGCUGCUGGCAACGGUGCUGUCCCAGUCUGCCAAGGCCAAGGAGCACCUGAUGGAGCAGUCCAAGUCCCUGGAUCAGCCCUCUGGUGGCACUCUGAAAGGCACCUCCUCACGCAGUCAGAGCGUUCCCAGUUGUCCCCUCCAUGAGCAGCAGCAGCCAUAUGGAGAGGCAGGGCCUCCCAGGAAAGGGGAGGGGCCUAGUGAGGCGAAGAGCUCAGAGGCUGUUGUCCAAUGGCUGAGCGAAUUUCAGCUGCAAGUCUACGCUCCAAACUUCAUCAGCGCGGGCUAUGACAUUCCUACCAUUAGCCGUAUGACCCCAGAGGAUCUGACGGCUAUCGGCGUGACCAAGCCCGGUCAUCGCAAGAAGAUGGCCACCGAAAUCAACAAGCUCAGUGUCACUGAGUGGCUGCCUGACCAAAAACCUGCCAACUUGGCGGAGUGGCUGUCAAUGAUUGGCCUUAGUCAGUACUACCAGCUGCUGGUACAGAACGGCUACGAAAACAUCGACUUCAUCACCGACAUCACGUGGGAAGACCUGCAAGAGAUCGGUAUCACCAAGCUAGGCCAUCAGAAGAAGCUGAUGUUGGCCGUGAAGAAGCUGGCUGAGCUUCAGAAAGCCAGCGACAGCCGCAGUAGCUCGCCCCGCAAGAAGCCGCCUCCCCUCUCCUCAUCCCCGCAGGAAGUGAUGUCCAUCGAGAGCCCACCCAGCUACGAGAGCACUGCCGAGUGCAUGUCGCCCAAGAUGAGCACCUUCCAAGACAGCGAGCUGAGCGGGGAGCUGCAGGCGGCCCUUACCCGGCCGGGUGAACAGCGAGAGGCCAAACCACAACAGCAGGCCAUCCCCGACGCCCGACCCAGCGCUGCCUCUGCCGGGGCCUCUGCACCUCACCCCCCCACAGCAGCCCAGCGAACCCGCAGCAUGCAGGAGAACAGCCUGGGCAAGAGCCGGGACGGGGGCGAGGAGCCCCCACCUCCACACCCGGGGCCUCCUAGGAAAGAGGCCCGCACCAUGAGGCAGAGCAGCCAGGCCGGGGCCCAGAGAGGAGCACAUCAGGCCAAACAGCCCCGGCAGUCUCACCCACGGGGGGAAGGCCCCCCCUACACACCCCCCGGGACCCCCACCAAGAAGACCCAGCAUCAGCAGCAGGCAUCAGGCUCGCCGGCCAAGGGGAAAGGGGGAGCGGCACACCACCACAUGGCCCACGGAGAGAGGUCCAUGUCACCCCGCUCUAUGAACCAGUCCCCCACGCACCGUGCCAGCAGCGGACACCCGCCACCCCCUCACCCUGCUGCUCACCACUCUGGGCCCCCUCCGCCCGCCGUGGCUGUGGCUCCAGCGCCGCCUGAGACGACAGAAGCAUCCCCACCGGCCCACGCCCAGCAGCCUCCCACUCCUGCCGUGCCGCUCCUCUGCCUGCCACCGGAUGGCGAUGACGAGCCAGAUGAGCACGGCCUGCCCAAGAAGCGCGCUCACAGCCUGAACCGCUACGCUGCCUCGGACAGCGAGCAGGAUCGCGACGAGCUGAGCGUGCCUGAUGGCGGCGGCGGCGGCGGCACAGGUGGCGGUGGUGGAAAGUACGCCACGGUGCAGAACCGCGUGGGUCGCAGUAACUCCAUGCGUGGCCAAGCUGACAAGAAUGUGAACCGCAGCCAGUCCUUCGCCCUGCGGCCCAAGAAGAAGGGCCCCCCGCCGCCGCCCCCCAAACGCUCCAGCUCGGCCAUCUCUAGCUCCAACACCAACCUCACCGAGGAGCCCAAGGAGCCCUCGGGGAGCUCGGGCCCCCUGCUGGACGUGAACUAUCACCCGCAGCGGCGUGCCAGUGACGUGGGUGGCGCCGCCGCUGUGGACACGGGGAGUGCGGGCAGUGUGAGGAGCAUCGCGGCCAUGCUGGAGAUGUCGUCCAUCGGAGGGGGCGCCAAGGGCCUGGCGCUGCAGAAGACUGUGCCACACUACCUGCAGGUGUGCAAGCAGCACGACGCCAUCGGUCUAGACGGCGAGGUGGUCAACCGGCGCAGGACCAUCAGCGGGCCGGUGACCGACUUGGUGGCAGCCGCCAAGAGCCAGCGAGAUGCCAACCUUGCGCCGCCCUUGCCACCCCUACCCGUCACCUCCGACAGACAGGCCUCCGAGGGCCAGUCCAGCUCGUCCACUGGCAGCUCAUCCGAGAGCUUACCCUUUGCCGACGAACGCAACCAGACUAUCAAGCAGCGUCCAGCACCAGGGCCUGGGCCAGGGCCAGGGGAGGCGCGGCAGGACAAAGGUGACGGCGAAGAGGACCAACCGCAAGACGAGCCGCAGCCACAGGUGAUGCCGCAGCUCCUGGCUGAGAACGUCACCGUGUACUCCCAGGAGGAACUGUCGCGUGUGGACGCCACCGCCACCCUGAAGAGGCGAGUGCGCAAGGUGUCACAGCAGCAUCAGCAUCAGGCCAACGGGGCCAAGUUCCAUCUGACAGAGUCCAGCACAGUGAAGCGGAGGCCCAAGAGCCGUGACAAAGACGCCGAGGACGCCAUGCAGAUGCUGCCCAACGGACAGAUGCCCGUGGCUUACCAGAACGGCACCGGCACCAUCAAGCGACGGCCGCCGUCCGAGUCAGGUGGAGGAGGAGGGGGAGAGCCCGCAUUACAGCAAGCACCCCAGCAGCAGCAGCAUCCCAGGCCCAGGGAAGAGAGUAUGGAGGGGGUGCCCCAGAGGAGGGACAGUGCUGACCUGGGUGGAGGUCAGGGCACGGAGACCUCUCGUAAGGUGAAGCCACCAGUGUCCCCCAAGCCCGUGAUGGCACAGCACAUGAAGAAGCAGGUCGCUGCUGCUGUGCCCUCGUCAAAGAAGGUCCCCUUCCCUGGACCUGGGGGACCAGCCAGUCCGGUGGAAGGUAAGAAAAUCCCCCCUCCAGUUUCCCCCAAGCCUGCUCCACCACCGACCGCUCCAAAGCCGAAGAAUGUGCCCCCAUCGAUGACCGGGCCGCCAACCCCUACGCCAUCACCAGCCAAGCAGCCUCCAGCAGCAGCACCCAAAAUCACAGCAACUCCUCCCACCCCAGUCCCUGCCAUGCCUGCCCCAACCCCUGCCAAACCCCCCAGCCCUCUAGCUCAGAGCCCCCAGACCCCCCAGACCCCCCAAACCCCCCAAACCCCUCAGACACCCCAAACCCCUCAGACACCCCAAACCCCUCAGACGCCUCAAACUCCCGGACCCUCCCCCACGCCUCCCCCCGUCAAGCCACCUCGGUCUUCCAUCAGCGGCAUGUCCAUGGACAGCGCAGCAGCCGGAGGGGCGGCAGGUGGUAGUGGAGGAGGAGGAGGAGGAGGAGGGAGCACAGUGGCCAGUCCAGGAUCAGCUGGUAGUGGAGGGGGAGCGCCGGUGGUGCCAGAGGAGGUGCACCAGAAGCUAGAGGAGACCAGCGCCUCUCUGGCCGCCGCCCUGCAAGCCGUAGAAGACAAGAUCAAGGAGGACGGCCACAAAGAUUCUGUGGUGGAGCAGAAGAGCACAGGCAGCAUCCUGGAUGACAUUGGCAGCAUGUUUGAUGACCUGGCCGACCAGCUGGACGCCAUGCUGGAGUAGAGCGAAGAGGAGUGGAGUGGAGAGGAGAGGAGAGGAGAGGAGAGGAGAGGAGAGGAGAGGAGAGGAGAGGAGAGGAAAGGAGAGACAGGCAGGCAUGCCAGGCCAUGGCAACACCUCAGGACCCCAGGAGGGUACAAGGGCACAACUAUGUAUGACUGACCAACUUCCCGAAAACCCUUAACAAACCCCACUCCAUUCCAACGC